AUGGUGGCUUGGCCGGUUGUCGUGGGAACGACACUCGUCGGCUUGACCUACUUGUUGCACGCCGUCGUGUACGGGCUGACAAGUACCAGCUGGAAUGCUGCACCCUCCGCUCUGUGUCGAGUUCUGUGCACGGCAUCCCUCGUCUUUGUAGGGAUCUCCAACUCGUUUCUUGGUGCUCUUGGUGCGCGUGCUCCGGAUGAUGGCGAUCUGGACAAGCCUGCUUUUCAGCAGUCGCUGGCAGGUAGUCAGAGUCAAGAAACAACGUCUCUGGAAUCGCCUGCCUCCACGUCGUCAACGGGCUCUGUGCCUGUGCCACCCGUUUCCAGCCCCACGCCGGAGUCGAGCGACCGUAGAUCCCACCGACAAGGUAUCGCAGCCUCACCCAGAUCUGAGGGAGGGGCGGCUUCGGGGAGGUCGGCUGUCGGGGGACUAGGCCUUGCCCGAAUUGUUACGGUGUCAGGCCGUGGAACCCUGACACUCGGAGAGCUUGCGAUGGAGCAGUUCAGGAGGCGGGCGAUGGAGGUGCGAGAGAAAUGGGAGAACGAGGAGCGCUACGUGAGGAGGAAUGUUGGGCGUGUCAUCGUAAAUCAGUCCUCCCGUCCUACUCUCUCACGAGUGCAGAAGUGGACGGCAUGUGCAAGACACCGGUUUCGAAUGCGAUCAGUUGCACGGCUGCGGGAGGCCGCACGACUGGAGUCUAUGGCAAGCGAAAUUGCUGCAAAGCUGCUAGCAGCAGGCGUCGAUCUCUCGCACGUCCCAGGCGGCGCCUCGCUGACACCCGGAGCGAGCGAUCAGGGCCCGCGGGUUGGCGGCGACGCAGCCGCACCAGGUACGUCAAGUGCCGGUGCACCCCCAGGAACGGCCAUGCAAUUGUACGUGCGUUUGGGUGUUGCCGCGCUGAGGAAGGAAGCGAACGAGCUCGAGGAGCUGUUGGCUAACAAGGAUUUGAAUGUCGAACAACUGGUCGCGGAGCGCAUGGCUACCAGCCUCACUCCAAAUCCCCCUGAUGCACUUCUGCAUCAGUUGCGGAAUCACGCAAGGGGGGUGCACGCUAAACAAGCGACCCGCCGGAGAGAGAGAGCAGCGACUCUUCGGGCCCAGGCAGAUAUAUGGGAGGGCCGUCUGGCCUCAGGUGACUUGACGCAGCAGGAUCCCGAUGAGGGCUCCUCCUCCAGGGAAACAGCACCCCAACCAGCAUCGAAAUCGGACACUACACAAGGCCGACGAGCCGGCCGCCGCCGUGGACGUCAACAGGGGCAAGACGCAGGCGAGGGCACCGCAGCUACUGGCCCGAGUGCCCCGUCUGUGAGCAGCGCGUCGCCCAUGUCCCGCCUGGAGGGCUCACUAAGGGGUACACUGCUCGGGAGCAGUGUUCCGCUUCCAGGAAGGGGGAAUGUUGCCUACGCCAAACUUGCAGCUGACAAGCUGCGACUAGAGGCGGAGUCUAUGCUCACCAAAUGGGGGUCGCUCGAGGUUUACGUGAGAGGACGGAUUGCCGAUCGAAUGCUGGAAGAGAACAAUCGGAGUCCUAGUGUGGCUGAAGUCCGGUCCUGGUUGCGUCGGGCUCGGCAAAGGUACUACCGUUGGGGAGCACACCGCACGCAACAAGCUGCUGAGUUGCGCAACAGAGCCGGAUAUCUAGACACACAGACGCCAGCAGAGGGCGACUUCCUACGAAGCCCCCAGGAGACGCCCACUCAUCGACCUCCUUCCUCUACUGAUCUGCCAGGUGAUGAAUCGGAAGGAGUCUCAAGCGGAUUUCCACCCAGGCCGGCACCACGGGCGCCUGACCUUACGUUUGCGGACCUUGCCAUUUCGAACUUAAGGAGAGAGGCAAGGAUAAUAGAAGCCGCAUGGAGCCAUGGAGAAUGUUUUUAUGUUGCCCAGCAAGCCGCCCUUCGCAUGGUGCGAGAGAACGAUCCCUCACCUGGGCCGCUCACACAGCGAGAGUGGGCGUACAAUGAUAGAAAGGUCUUCCGUGCCGAAGUUAUGGUUCAACAGCAAAGGGCUCGAGAUCUGAGGGAUAAGGCGAACGCCCUGUAA